CCGCUGGGAGCGGAAGCGGGGGGGGUGGCAGCGGACGGGCGGGCGAUGCCACUGCACCGGUACGCGCCGCGGCUGUGGCCGGCCCUGCGGCUGCGGGAGGGCAUCUGUGCGCGGCUGCCGGCGCACUACCUGGCCCAGCUGCAGGACGACACGCCGCCCACGCCCGUACACUGGCGGCCGCUGGGCGUGCGGUACCGGCGGAACCCGCGCACCGGGGAGCGGGAGAGGGUGCAGGACGUGCCGGUGCCCGUGUACCUGCCGCGCGCUGCACACGAGGGGCUCUGGGGCGGCGAGGGUUGGAUCCGCGGCUUCCGAUAUGCUCGUAAUGACAAGCUCUCCACCAGGCUGCCCAAAACGUGGAAGCCACAGCUCUUCGAGCGGCAGUUCUACAGCGAGAUCCUGGACACCACCCUGACCAUCACCGUCACCAUGCGGACACUAGACCUUAUUGAUGAGGCCUAUGGCUUCGACUUCUACAUCCUCAAGACUCCAAAAGCUGAUAUGGGCUCGAAGCUCGGGAUGGAUUUGAAGCGAACAAUGCUGCUGAGACUUGCACGGCGGGAUCCAAAACUGCAUCCUGAUGAUCCAGCCAGAAGAGAGGCGAUCUAUAAUAAGUACCAGGAAUUUGCAAUCCCAGAAGAGGAAGCUGAAUGGGUUGGCUUGAGUUUAGAAGAAGCAAUAGAAAAACAGAGACUCCUAGAAAAAAAGGACCCUGUCCCACUCUUUAAGGUAUAUGCUGAAGAGCUUGUCAACCAACUGAAAGAGCAGGCACUGCAGAAGCAGUAGGUGGAAGAGACCUUUGGCACAAAACCCCUGCCACAGAUCAAGCUGUAGGGGUCAGUGAGUCUUCUGUCUGAACCAUGUUGCGUGGAAGGGGCCAUGUGAAGAGCGUACCCAGGGCAUGUUGCAGUUACUGAAGUCUAACAACGGCCUGAAUUCCAUGAGAAAUCCUUCCUGUGGACUGUGGAAAGAACUUCUGUCCUGUGGCCUCUGAAAGUGUUCUUGUAAGACUGACUUAGCAUGGUUCUUCUGCCUUUCCAAGUAGUUGGCUGCUCUUGAGAGUUUGAUCACAAUAUAAAAUGAAAUACACGUUUUGGGAACGUCAGUAAA